AUGGCUCAACUUCCCACCACCAUGCGCUCACUUAUAGCGCCCACGCCGUGCAAGCCCAAGGAUUACGAUGUUGUCAAUCUGCCAGUGCCUGUGAUCCAGAAACCGGAUGAGAUUCUCAUCAAAGUCCACGCGGCAGGUUUCAUGACGGGCGACUCACUGGUUGCUGCCGGGAGCUUGAAUUUCUUGCUCAAGAACAAGUAUCCCAUCAAGCUAGGCGUCGGAGGCGCCGGUGUUGUGGUCGCUGUUGGGUCUGCCGUCACCAAGUUUCAACCCGGCGACGCCGUGUACGGCGGCGCCAUGAGCCAGCCCAUGACCCUCUCCCCGCCUCCGGGCUUCUGUUCCGAGUACUGCAUCGGGCGCGAACGCUAUCUCCUGCCCAAACCCCCAGGCGUCUCGUUCGAGGAGGCCGCGGGCUUGCUGGGCAACACCCUCACGGCGGUCGAGUCCCUCGAGCUCGGCGCGGCGCUCCUGUCCGAGCGUAGCGGCCGGUCCCUCGAGGGGGCCACGGUCUUGGUCCCGGGCGCGCUGAGCGCCACGGGUCACGUCGCCCUGCAGCUGCUGCGCAACGUGUACGGGGCCGGGCGCAUCGUCACGACGGCGUCGACGGCCAAGGUGCCCCUCGUCGAGGAGCGCCUCGGGUCCGGCAUCGUGGACCAGGUGGUCGACUACACGGCGACGCCGCGCCUGACCGACGUCGUACCCGCGGGUUCCGUUGAUUUUGCCUAUAAUACGCAAUUCACCGCGCUCACGACCCUCGUACCGCUCCUUAGGCCUGAUACCGGUGUCAUUGUGUCCGUUGCCAGCAUGUUCCCAUCGCGGAUCCUGAAGCUGAAUUUUCCAUCGUUGCCGUUUUGGUUGGGCUGGGCGGCCGACCUGGUGAAUCUGUGGUAUCACUACUGGAUGCUCCGGGGUACUAAUGUUGUGCUGGACCAAGUUUCCGGUAGUCUAGAGAAGCCGGAGAUUGUGAAAAAGACUGCCGACGUGAUUGCCCAGAAGAAAGUCAGAUGUGUCAUGAGGGUUGUGCCUUUAAGUGAUCUCGACGCUCUAAGAAAGGAAUGCGAACAGGUAUAUACGGGUAAAGGCGGUAUUGGUAGUCUUGUAAUCAAAAUGGUGUAG